AUGAGACAGAGCGGCGCCUCCCAGCCCCUGCUGAUCAACAUGUACCUGCCAGAUCCGGUCGGAGAUGGCCUCUUCAAGGAUGGGAAGAGCCCAGGCUGGGGGCCGCUGAGCCCCGCGGUGCAGAAAGGCAGCGGGCAGAUCCAGCUGUGGCAGUUUCUGCUGGAGCUGCUGGCCGACCGCGCCAACGCCGGCUGCAUUGCGUGGGAGGGCGGCCACGGCGAGUUCAAGCUCACCGACCCCGACGAGGUGGCGCGGCGCUGGGGCGAGCGCAAGAGCAAGCCCAACAUGAACUACGACAAGCUGAGCCGCGCGCUGCGCUACUACUACGACAAGAACAUCAUGAGCAAGGUGCACGGCAAGCUCGCCCCGCUGCCCUUCCCUGGCCUUUCCAAACUCAACCUCAUGGCCGCCUCGGCCGGCGUCGCGCCCGCCGGCUUCUCUUACUGGCCCGGCCCAGGCCCUGCCGCCACCGCCGCCGCCACCGCCGCGCUCUACCCCAGCCCGGGUUUGCAGCCCCCGCCUGGGCCCUUUGGGGCCGUGGCCGCCGCCUCGCACUUGGGAGGUCAUUACCACUAG